UGAAAACUGAGAGACGGACUCGGUCAAUCCUAAUCUUUGCUCGAGGAGGCUGUUAUUGACAAAAUUAGGAAAGGCCGAUGAGUAUUUCACGACAACUUGGGCGACAAAGAGGAAGCCGGGUGGAUAAGAUUGCCACAUGAAAGCUGUUCCAACCAAAUCGGAGACAUACAAAUUUUAAAUUUAGUCAAGAGUCCUCAUCUUCUUCAUCUUUAUCCAGACGGAUAUAAUGAUUAAUUAAAUUAAAAAAAAUUAGAAGCACAGAGAGGAACAGCAGGACAGAAUACACAUGGUACGCCUAUAAAUAAAGCUCUCGGUCGAGAGCCUUCCUACCCUCGUUGAGCAGCGGUGUGUCCUCCUCCCCAAGAGCAAAUCCUGCACUGUUUUUCCUAGCUGUUAGUUCACAGCAGACAGAGAGACAGAGAGAGAGAGAGAGAGAGAGAGAUCAGAGGGAGCUUGCCUGAGAGAUGGCAGGGGGAGGAUUUACAGAUGUAGGAACCCUUAAGCGGGCCCAUCUGUAUGAGUACAGGAUUACUGGGUAUUUCAUCUACGCAUGCGUUGUGGCAGCUCUUGGAGGAUCUCUCUUUGGGUACGAUCUUGGCGUUUCAGGCGGAGUGACUUCCAUGGAUGAUUUCCUAAAGGAAUUCUUCCCGAAAGUAUAUAGAAGGAAGCAAGAACAUCUGAAUGAAACCGACUACUGUAAAUAUGACAACCAGGUACUCACACUCUUUACGUCUUCUCUGUACUUUGCGGGCCUCGUCUCCACAUUUGGAGCGUCCUACGUAACCAGAAAAUGGGGCAGGAGAGGCAGCAUCAUGGUUGGAGCAACCAGCUUCUUCCUAGGAGCAGUUCUCAACGCAUCUGCAGUGAACAUUGCAAUGUUAAUCAUUGGCCGCAUUCUCCUUGGUGGUGGCAUUGGAUUUGGAAACCAAGCAGUUCCCUUGUAUCUUUCAGAGAUGGCUCCGGCAAAGAUCCGAGGAGCGGUGAACCAACUGUUUCAAUUGACUACAUGCUUAGGGAUUCUGAUAGCGAACUUCAUAAACUAUGGUACUGAAAGGAUCCAUCCAUGGGGGUGGAGAUUAUCUCUUGGUUUGGCUACAGUUCCAGCAACCCUAAUGUUUAUUGGGGGUGUUUUCCUUCCUGAGACCCCCAACAGUCUUGUAGAGCAAGGCAAGCUAGAAGAAGGAAGAAGGGUGUUGGAGAAAGUGAGAGGUACCUCAAAAGUUGAUGCUGAGUUUGCCGAUCUUAUUGAUGCAAGCAAUGCAGCAAGAUCCGUAAAGCACCCAUUCAGGAAUCUCCUUGAAAGGAAGAAUCGUCCCCAGUUGGUAAUAGGGGCAUUGGGGAUCCCGGCGUUCCAACAGCUAACUGGCAUGAACUCCAUACUCUUCUAUGCUCCUGUCAUAUUCCAAAGCUUGGGUUUUGGCUCAGCAGCAUCUCUAUAUUCAUCCAUUUUCACCAGUGGAGCGCUUGUUGUUGGUGCACUCAUAUCAAUGUCAUUGGUGGAUAAGUUUGGUAGAAGAGCUUUCUUUUUGGAAGCUGGUACCGAAAUGAUAUGCUGCAUGGUGGCUGUGGCCAUAACUCUGGCCCUGAAGUUUGGGCAAGGACAAACCCUCUCAAAAGGAAUUGGCAUCUUUCUUGUCAUCAUGAUCUGCUUAUUUGUCUUAGCUUAUGGAAGAUCUUGGGGCCCUCUGGGUUGGCUAGUACCGAGCGAGAUCUUCCCAUUAGAGACAAGGUCGGCUGGUCAGAGUGUUGUGGUCUGUGUCAACCUCCUCUUCACAGCAUUGAUAGCACAGUGUUUUCUUGCGUCGCUGUGUCAUCUCAGAUAUGGAAUUUUCUUGCUAUUUGGAGGAUUAAUUAUCAUCAUGAGUAGUUUCAUCUUCUUCCUACUGCCAGAAACAAAGCAAGUUCCAAUCGAGGAGGUGUAUCUUCUCUGGCAAACUCACUGGUUCUGGAAGAAGUAUGUAGUAGAAAGUGAGAAAGCUGGAGACUCGGAUGGGGGGAGAUCAACAAUGCAUGUUUAGAAUCUCGGAAUAAUCUCUGCGAAUUAAAUUAUGACAAAUUGUUUCAUGCAUGCAUGUUGUACAGUUUGAACAUAAAGUUCAUUUUUUUUUUUGUUUAACAUUUGGAUUGAGCAACAAAGUCGUGUAUGACAACAAUAAUUACAUCUCAGAACGUGUUGAGGUGCAAUAUUAUGCUAAUAGUUUAGCAAGUUCAUCCA